AUGGUGGAGGAAGUGAGGAAUGCACCGCUGCCCAUUCUGCACCACAUGAUCGACAUCUGGGCCGACAAACCAUCGGGGCGCAAGUUCCUCGGUGUCCACGUUUUCUACGUGACCGCCAACUUCGAACUGAAGCAAACCCUGCUCUCUGACGCUCUCGGAGAGGUGAAGGCAGCGGAGGUGCUUCUCGAGAUCCUCGAGGCUAUCCUGAACGAGUUUGGCCUGCGCCCAUCGGACCUCGCGUCGGGUACUACGGACAGCGGAUCGGACGUCAAGUCUGUGAGCGUCAACGGCCUCCAUCCGAAGUAUGGGGUUCUGUGGAACUGGUGUUAUUGCCACCUGAUGGUCAAGGCCGCCGAGGACGCCUUUGGCACCCGCCCCGACCCUCAGAUGUCCAAGAACCCGGAAGCGCGCAACAUGCUGAAGAACCUCAUCGGCAUAAUAGGGACCCUCCACAAGUCCAACUUGACGGCUAAGUUCGAAGACCUUCAGGUGGACCUGUUGGGCGAGGUAUUAAACAUCCCCAACCAGGCCCCCCAACGUUGGCUCACCCUGGUUCGCACAAUGGAACGCGUCAUCCGCUUGUGGCGCGUCAUGCGGAAGCUCUACAGCGACGCGGGGAAAAACUUUCCACUCGAAGAAGGCGACAACAAGGACUGCAUCAAUCAGCUCUACUCGCUGCUGCAGCCGCUUUCUUCCGUCACGCGUGAUGGCCAGUACGGGGGUUUGCCGAUGCUGGCAGACAUCUACAUGAAGUUUGGCAUGCUCAAGAUGGGCGUGCUGAACUCGUCGGCGGAUCUCAAGGUCUUCGACAUCCCGCCGCUUGGAGAAGACGGCCUUCCGGACCGUGAGGAACAGAAGAAACCUCUGCCGCACAAGAUGGUAGCACACGACGAGUUGCACCCCGUGGCACAGAAGGCGCGCAACGAACUCUGCCGCGCGCUCGUCUCGAGGUUCUACGGUCGUGUGUGGGACGACAGUUGCCUGGAUCCCUCCAUGUUCUGCGAUGCUGCCUGCCUCCUGACGCCGCCGUUCAGUGAGGGGAACUACCUCUCGGCGAUGAAGCUUACAGCAGAGGAGGACGAGUACUUGGCUGCUGGGUCGACCGUGGUAGCCCCUACGUCGGACGAAGACGUGCGAGAGAAGCUGGAGGGAAUUUGGGUCGAAAUCAACAAGCGAGCAGUCACCGCCGUCAAGACAGCGCACAAUCGGGCCGCGGGUGAGGGUGGGGGCCAGGGGUUAGAUCCUUUCAAGCGCGCCCGCACUAGCGGCGCGGCCCCAUCUCGUCGCAAGAACCACGAGGACGACUUCUCGAUGUUCGGGCGCAACGAAGUCGCCCCCUCCCAAAGCGACGAAGGAGAUGUCGACUUUGUGGAGGAGGAGGUCUCGGGCGAGAUCAUGCGGCCACGAAAUUGA